CAAUUCAACGGCGGAAAGACAUCAUCAAGGGCCAAUUAUACUACGAGGUAGUUAGAAUAAGAAAGCAAAGGAGAAAUACUGAUCUAUAGACUAUUCCGGUACUUCCAUCUGAUAUUCUUACGACUAUAGACUUUAACUGAAUUAUUGAGUAUCAAUUUUUCACUAGCACGUUUGGCACAAGAAUUUCCGAUAACUGCUUUUAAAAUUUACUACGUUUGCUUUGAAUACUCUUGAUAAGCUUUACAUAUCUUUCAACACUUUUGCUAUUUCAUCAGUUUGAUAAGUUCGUCAAAUAAGUAGGAUCACAAUUUCUAGCAAUGUCCAGAAAACAACAGCAGGAGAUUGAAAAACAGCUCAUUGAAAUCGUCAACAGUAGCAAGAACGAAAACAAGUGCGGAGAGUGCGGCUCGAGCUACCCAACAUGGGCAUCGUAUAACUUGGGAAUCUUUCUAUGUGGAAGAUGUGCUUCGGUCCACAAGAAAAUCUUGGGACCUCCCAACAAUAACAUAUCCAAGGUGAAGUCCCUUACAUUAGACAAAUGGAACCACGAACAGCUUGACCAUUUACGUCGUGUGGGCAAUAAAAAGGCGAAAAAGAGGUGGAACCCAAAGAGAGUACCAUUUCCUUAUGAUGGAGCUGACGAUGUUGCAGCCGUAGAACAGUACAUAAGAGACAAGUACGUCAUUGGAAAGUUCAGGGAUGACAAUAUCGAGGCAGCUGACUACGAAGAAGGCAGAGGCAGUAGGUACUCAGAUGAGAGUGACUCUGCUUCACGUGUUAGCAUUAGAAACGGAAGAUCCAGAGCCAAUUCAAGAGCCACCUCGAAUUUAACUCCAGGAGGAGGAAGACUGAGAUCUGGCUCUAAGAACUUUGAGAUUCCUCGUUUGUCUCAUAGAAAGUUGACUACUUUCGAAAAUACCCAGUAUUCGCAACAAUUGCACAAGAUUUUGAACUAUGGUUAUACCAACCGUGACUCAGUAUUGGAGAGUUUGUUGUUGAGUGGAGGAGAAAUCGAAUUGGCUCUUGAUAUCUUGGAUCAGGACUCUAAAUUAAACCCCAACCAGGACGAAAUUCCACCAGAGCUUCCCAGAAGAAGACCUGGAGCACCCCCUACAACUUCUUUGAUAGACACAGCUCCAACUACAUCCGCCUCUACUCAACAGGUCCAACCACUGGAAGAAUGGUGGUCUACAAAUUCAGGAGCUGCACAGUCUCAAGUUACGGGUAUUGCACAACCUCAGAUCUACCAAUAUACUGAUCCUAUAACAGGACAGGUUUCAUAUGUCGAUGCCAAUGGUCAACAGUAUCUUGAUCCUACCAAUCCACAGCACCAGCAGCAGUUGUUACAACAGUCAAACCCGCAGUUGAUAGCACAACAGACCAACAAGCAGAAUAUCUUGUCGUUGUACAACCAACCCAAUCUGUUCACUACUCCAGUUGCUGUACCAGUUUCCCAACAACAUGCGCAACAGGCCCAAACGCAACAAGUCCAACCAACACAACAAGCCCAAGUUCAAGCUCAGCAACAAUAUAUACAACAGCCACAACAGAUUCAGUUUGCUCCACAGUUUACUGGAUUCGGACAGCCUCAACAACAGUCUUAUAAUCCAUACAAUCAGACUCAGCAGCAAAACCAGUUCAACUGGAGAUAA